CUUUUUUUCUUUUUCUUUUUUUUAAAAAAAAAAGAUGAUCUAGAUUUUAAAAGACUUUAUUAGUUCUGUUGUGAUUUUAAUCAGAGUUUUGUGUAAAAUAAUGUUGGCCUGUUGUCUCCAGUUUACCGAAAUGUGAUUAGUUUUAUAUUGAUUUUUUACUUGUGUACAUACAAACAUUGAAAGUUGACAGUUCGCCUAAAAUUUCCUGUGUGUGUGUGAAAAAAAUAAAUGAUGAACGUUAGCCAAGAAUCUCCCGAUGAUUCACCGGAUGUAACAGACGAUUUUACUUUUAAAAGAGCAGUAGUAAAACUCCCAGAACUGGAUCCUUCUAAAAUAUCCGCUGCAGAAAUAGUGAAAGCUAUAUCAAAGUACAUACAUCCUAAAAAGAUAAAAAGUGUUAUGUUUGAUCUCCAUGUUCAGUGUUAUCUGGUGUUUGUAGCUGACAUCGAAUCAGUUUGUCUUUUAAUUAAAAAAGAGCUUGUUAUAUGUCAGUAUGUCACGAGAGCCGUAUUUCUGUUGGACUGCUACAUCAUAGACGGUGUUUAUCCUCAUGUUACAGAUGAUAUCCUUAGAGAAAUAUUUGAAUGUUUUGGUCGUAUAUAUACAAUUCGUAAAAUUUACUUGCUUCCGAACUCAUCUAAAUAUGCUCAUGUGUUAAGUAGUAAGCGGGAAAUUGAUUUCGUACUUCCAACAGAUCAAACUAAAAUUGAAAUUCCUGAUAAUAUCAGUAAUCCAUUAUAUAAUUUUAAAGUUAUCAAGUACUGCUUCGGAUGUUUCACAGAGGGACAUUCUAUUUUAGAUUGCUCUGAUGUUGAUGAUUUUGUUCUCAGUUUACCAGACGUUAGUUCAGAACUUAUAUGUAAGGAUGAUAAUGAUAAAAAAAUAAAAACCUUACCGAAUGCAGAUGAUGAUUUGCAUGAUAAUGACAAUGGCAGUAGUGCCAAUGACUGUACGGAACUGGAGAAAGAGUAUAAGAGAAGAAGCAGGAAAAGGAAGAGGAGGAGAAGAAUUGUGAAAUUGAAGUCCACUUAAUUUUACUUCAUGUAUCCCAAAGGUUUAUAUACAGCCAAAGAGGAUCUUACCAUUUAUACCAGAUGUACUGUAUAUGGUUCAUUUGCUCUUAAAAAUUACAUACAAUCAAUACAGUUAAUUUUAUUUUAUUAGGAAUACAAAUAAGUCUCUGCCAUUUUUUUAUCAAAAAUUGGGUAUUUAUUUUGAUAUAACAGUGUGUUAUGUUUUAUUAUAACAGUGUGUUAUGUUUUAUUAUAUUUAUAACAGUGUGUUAUGUAAGUAUUGUCCAUUCCUAGCCACUACUUAUUCCCAACUUUCUGGCAGUAUAUUGAUGCCACAUCAGAAGAAUGCUUCAUCUUUCGAGGUUAUCCACAAAUCAACUCAGUUUUUGGUAUCUUCAUAUGGUGUAAAGCAUUGCUCAGACAGGCCAUGCUUCAUCAAUUAAAACAGGUAAUAAUGAGAAGAAGCAAUGUCUGGUGAAUACAGCAGGAGAGGAAAACUUCUUAUUUGAAUGUUUUAAGAGUAAGUUUUGAUGGACACCAUAGUCUCAUCAUAUGUAUUUGGCAGAGAGCCCCAGUAAUGGUUUCGUUUGGUUUGAGCAACUCACAAUGCAUGACACCACUGUGGAUUUUCAUUCUAAUAAAUGUUUGAAACAUUUAAUGGAAAUUGCGAAAAGUUCAUCGUAUGUACUGUAAUUUUGCUGUCUGAGGUUUGGAAUAAAAUCCGAUUUGUUUCCAACUACCAUUUUCGAAAUGUAAAACUGAACCUACUGCCCAGUUCGAAGUAUCUGUGUGCAGCAAAAAAAGAUAAUUCUUUGUCUGGGGAAGACAGGAGAGUAACAUUAGCUAAAUCUUUGCAUUUUUUCUGCUGAAUGGUCUCAUUGAAGUGCUGAAUGGUCUCAUCUGUCCAAGUUAUUUUCCGGUUUUCUCUUUUAUUUGGGCAUUUUAAAAACUCUUGUAAAUUAGUUUGAGUGCCAGGGUUGUUUUUCAAAAAAAAAAAAAAAAAA